CGUGGCGCACCAGAUUUACCGUAACACCAGCCUCCACCCACUGCAGGCCGCGCUCCUCGUUACCUGCCGUGUUUGUUGAUGUUGUGCCCGCUUCAGUGGAUCUGGGUCAGGGGUUAGAACUGUCCAACUGAAGGGUUUUCCAGAGGGCGAUGCGGGAAGACGACUCCUCCCCGAUGGACAGCGCGGGCAACAGCGAGGAGGAGACCGACCGCCAGCUGCCUCGGAGAGGCGCGCGCAAGAGACGCUCGACGCGGAGGAGUACGGGCGAGGAGGAAGAGGGAGAGGCGGAGAGUCCCGGCCCGGGGAAGAAGAAGUGCAGGAAGAGCUGCGACCUGGGAGGCGGCAGCGCGGGCAGCGGAGGCAGCGAGGCCAGCAGCAGCCCCGCGCGCUCCUUCGAUGACCUCCAGACGCAGCGCGUGAUGGCCAACAUCCGCGAGCGGCAGCGCACGCAGUCCCUCAACGAGGCAUUCACGUCGUUACGUAAGAUCAUCCCCACCCUCCCGUCCGACAAGCUCAGCAAGAUCCAGACGCUGAAGCUCGCGGCCCGGUACAUCGACUUCCUCUGUCAAGUCUUGCAGAGCGACGAGCUGGACGCGCGAGGGACCAGCUGCAGCUACGUGGCGCACGAGCGCCUGAGCUACGCGUUUUCGGUCUGGAGGAUGGGGGGCGCGUGGUCCUUGUCCACCACUUCCCACUAGCAGGUCCAGAGCUGUUGCUGAUGGGACAGCACGAUUGCCCGAACCAAAGAACCGGUGGAAAAGGCAAACUCCUGGGAUAGCCUGAAACAGGCCGAGGACAGCUGAGUCUGGAGCUCAGCCGUGGUGCUUCAGGCCUCAGAGGAAACCAGCAUAUUUUCCUUUGCAAGGACUGUAAAGUUUGCGAGGGAGCACUUAGGACAGACAGGACGGAUAUGAAGAAAGACCACUGCGACUAUGAAUGUUGUGAAAACAAAAGGAGCAGUGGAGAUCUGCUCUGUUUUUAAACAAGAGGAAAAAAAAAACCUGACAAUUCAUUCCACAUUCCCUGUGACAGUGUUUCACAGAAAAAGAAGUCUUUUGUAUUUAUUUUUCUACACACGCUCUAAAUUCCUUUCCUUCUCUCAAAUAAAAGCUAUUUAUUUUUGUAAUGUUACAGAUUGCUGAAGGGAAUAACAGUCUGAGCAUUCGGAGUCUUGUAAAUAUUUGAUAAUGUCUUGAAUAA